AUGGCCCAGACCCAGCCGAGAGAAGGGUCUCUGAACCCGCCUUCCCCUCACUCCUCGGUCGGCGGUGCAGAUUCAUACAAGCAUGAUGGCACCCCGGACACCCGUCUCACUGCAUUCUCCCCCGAAGAGAACUCGGCCAAGUCGGCCAAGCUAAUCAGGAUCAUCACUUCAAGCACAUCGGACGGCGAGCAAGCCAUCUACACUGCCCAGCAGCUUUCAGUCUCCCCUUACCGCAAUGAUCCAGCUCAGCUGGAGAAAGACCCGUUUGUUUCCACCAACACGCCUGUACGCAAGCAGGAGCAGAAACUCUCGGCAACAGCUUCCGCCUUCCGCCCUUUUGCGACGCCCUUGGCCGCUCAAGGCUCACCCGACUCGACGGUGGGCACAGUUUCCAAGACCCCAAGCCGCGCCAACCCUCAGCAUGCCCUCUCUGUCUCGCCUAUUCUCAGCACAGACCUGCACUAUUCUCGCUGCCUGGUCUUCUCGUCGUCAACUCAGCCAGUCACCCUGGCCGACGUCGAGCUCCUUCUAUCGAGACUUGAGGAGCACGGACUACCGUGCCAGGGAACGAAGCAUAUCGUCGUCAAAGGCCAGGCUUCGUACAUCCGAUUCUCCAACAUCAGAGAUGCUUGUUUGGUUCAUCGCAACGUUCUCUUGGGCGGUGCCACUUGGAUCGUUGCCUUUGUGUCGCCUACAGAGUUCGUUCAGAUCACUCAGAGCAACAUCCAUGCCCCCAUCAACCAUGAGGGCCAGCUCAGCGUGUUCGCCACUACUGGCGAGGGAGCGGGGAAGAAUGAGCUGCAUGUGGAGUCGAUUGCUCUCAGGCCACUAUGCUCGGAGGGUGACAUCUUUGCUCUGCAAAAGGUGUCCAAUGUGGAGCCGGGAACCUUUGAGGCGAUCCUCGAGUACGCCGACAUCAACACCUCACUCGCAGCCUUAUCCAAGUACAACGGAGCCAUCAUCGAGGGAGUCACCAUUUUAAUCUCUUUCCACAAGGGCAACUCACAUGCCGGGGUCGCGACACCCAUUGUCACCCCACUCGCAACUCCUGUGAGGCAGUCUUCAUUUCAUGACUAUGGCGGUGACAGCUACCAGGGAGCUCCACCGGCCAAGACACCACAGUCAACCUCUUCGAUGGGAACUCCGGCUCAGCCUGCGACGCCCCAUGUCGGUCUUCCGCUCAGCCCGCAGUAUCCUCUGUUCCACCCUCUGGUAUUCAGGCAGCUCCCGAUGGCAAACCCAUACAUGCUCAAUCGGCUUCCGUCGCAGAGUCCUCCGGCACCGAGCAUGUCCAGUUACCAAUGCCUCACACCGCUGUACACCAGUCCGGCGUCCUCUCAGACUGUCGUCUCUUCUCAGCAAGACCUCAUGUCGCCGAGGCAGAUGCAUGGGCUUGCUCGACACGAUGGCCGUCGCCAGAACGCAAUGCGGGUGAACCGGUCAUCCUACUACAAUGCCGCCGGCCAUCACAAUCAUGUCGAUGUGAACCGGAUCCGAGACGGUAUUGAUGUUCGCACAACGAUCAUGCUGCGCAACAUUCCCAACAAGGUCGACCAGGCGAUGUUGAAGCGUAUUGUCGACGAGUCAAGCUGGGGAAAGUACGACUUCAUGUAUCUGCGCAUCGACUUCGCCAACGACUGCAAUGUCGGCUAUGCCUUCAUCAACUUCGUCGACCCCCUAGACAUCAUUGACUUUGUCAACGCUCGCGGAAACCAACGCUGGAACUGCUUCAAGAGCGACAAGGUCGCGGAGAUAUCCUAUGCCACCAUCCAAGGCAAGGACUGUCUGGUGCAGAAGUUCCGCAACAGCUCGGUCAUGCUCGAGGCCGCUCACUAUAGGCCCAAGCUGUAUUUCACUUCCAACGGCCCAAUGCCUGAGAUGGCCGGAGACGAGGAGCAGUUCCCAGAGCCGGACAAUCAGUCCAAGAUGAAGAGAAGCUGCGAGAAUGCAGAGCAUGUCGGACUCUUUACUCCAAACGCAGGCCAGCAUUUCCGUGACGAGCAGCGCCGCCGCCGCUCUCAGUACGACCGCGGAACUAGGCUGGCGGCGCUUGAGGAGUACGACUUCGACAAGUCGAUGCAGACAUCGAUGCAGCAACUCUAUAUGAACCAGUAACUCUCACCUAAGGACAAUCUGCUCGGAUCAUCGCGUUCAACGACUCGAUCGGGCACCUCCACAAGACACCCGCCUCGAGCCUCUUGAAGAUCAGCAUCUGGUAUCAGAUAUGGCGCUUAGUUAUCCUCCGAUGCCCAUAAUCUCUAGCUUUCUGCCUUUGUUUCUCUCGCAUACUCCUGCAGAUCCCUGUGUCUGAAAAUGGCUGCGUGCCCCCAGGGACUCGAGGAGGAAAAAAACAUGAAAAAACACAAAUUCAGCGUGUCGGCCGCUAAUUGUCUGAAAGACACGACAACUGUUCAUGGACAAUCCUUCCCACGCAGACAUCAGAGACCCUGACUAGCUUGCCAUUUGUCUUUCUUUCUCCUUAACUUUCUGUUGUUCUUGGUCCAC